AUGAACAAAUUUAAAAAGGAAGUAGGAGAAAUUAGUGGUGGUUCGUCCAAACAAGGAGCUAAUGACUUGCAGAAAAGCAUGGAUAAUACCUAUGAAGAAAUAGAGGCAGUUGUUAGCGAAAAUACUCGCAAUCUCCAGAAAGUACUAGAUAUAUUUAAGAAAUACAAAGAACACUAUCUUGAUACACUGAAAGAGAAGGUAAAAGAAGGUGAUUCUGUAAUCCAGAUUAUACAAUUACGAAAAAAUACAGAGCUCAAUGUGUUGAAAAGUCUCGAACAGGAACUAAUUCAGAUGGGUCUCGGACCAUCUGCAAAGAGCUGGAUACAGGAAAUGAAAACAGUGGAGGGAAAGUGGUGGAUGGCCGACGACCCUGAUUUGGUUAUGAUAGCGAAGAAG